AUGGUGCCGCCUUCAAGAGCGGGGUCUUUCUCACCAAAUCCUGCACAGAAUUUGCAGACUGGAAUCGGCCACUCGCCCAACCCAUCGCAAGCAGGUCCAUUGAGUGCAGGCACAAGCCCCAGUACAAACAGCCCGACCGGCAAUAGUCCCUUGACCAAGAUUGUUGUGGCUCAGGUCUAUCUUCUCUUAAGCACCAUCAAAGAGAAUAACGACCACGCAAAACGGGAAGCCCAGGUAGAUCAACUCAAAAAGCUUCUCGAUGAUCACGGCAUGGAAGUCUUCUCGAAAUACUUCACGCGCCUCGUUGCCGGCAAUGCGGGCCAAAUUUUCCCGUCCUUGACGAGGCCUGUUUCCAACCCUGGAAACUAUCAUCUCCUUGUCGCGGAAAUGCGAAAGAUCGCCCAUGAUAUCCACCAGGCCACGAAGAUAGCCGAGUCCAUCGAAACGGGCACUGAGGACAUAUUUCGUGACUUCGAUCUCUCGACUUUCAUGGAACAUUUCAAGCUCGAUGCUCUCGAAAAGACUAUACUGGCACUAGCUUUCAAACUUGGGUCAAGGUCUGACUUGAAGACCAAAGCUGAUGCCAUACUCUCCACCAACUUCCCUUCCUUCGUGAACAUCUUGGGCCGCCCGGACGUGGAGGAUCACGCCGAUCUGGAGGACAGUUUCAUCGCUGCUAUUGUCGACCGAUUCAUCCAGCAUCAGCCCCCGAACUUUAAUGCAGCGUCCAAAGCAGAGCUCGCGUACAAAGUCCAAGCGCGAUGGAAUGGAGAUCAAGUCCCUCCACCUUCGGAAGUACUUGCCGCCUUGGACCUCGUCAGGGUUCUUGCUGACAAGCCCCCGAAUGCUCUUGCUCUCUACAUGCAGCGAGUUGGCGGUGCCUUCACCAGAGACGAAGACACCUGCUUUUUGUAUCUGCAGAACCGACCCAAUCACGUCCAAUUAAACGAAGAACAGGUGUCUAUUGCACUUACCUACUCCGCAAUCAGCCAAAUUCCGCAAUUCGACCCAGCUACCUUGACUGCUGCUCUGCGCCGGGUACUUCCUGCUACGUUCAGGUGGCAGGACGUUGUGUCUUACUUUGAUCAGCGGUCGGCACGGAUUUCCUCGCCGCAGUUCUUGCGCCUCUACAAUGCACUUCUUCCCAUUGCCCGCGACGACCCAGUAACUUUUAACAUUGAGCAACUUUGGGGCGGAAACUGGGAAAACCCAGAGGCACAGCUUUCGUUUAUCUGUGCUUUUGCUUCUCUAAGCCCCGACCAGCUUGAUGCGAGCACGAUACCCGGUCUUCGCCCGACUCUGACUCUCGACGCGUAUGAAGACAGCCCUCCUGAGGUCCAAGAGAGGGCUGCAUUUGCGGUAAAGCAUCCUCUUGUCUCGGUCGCCGCCCUCGCCGCUGUAUUCCACGUGGCCCUGCACUCGGUACAUGCUUCCCAGAGCAUCGAAGCGAAACGUCUCUUCCAAGAGGUCGUGGUCCCCAACUUGGACAUCUUUGUUGUCUCGGCUUUCGGUGUUCCCAAGCCUUGGCCUCCGAUGGCUAUGGAGACUCUGAAUUCCCUCUUCGACAAUUUUCUCUACAAGAGAUCCCCAGAUUAUGAUUUCGUUCUAGACAGCUUGUGGAAGAAGGACAGAGAGUGGGUGACGCAGAGGCUCAUCGACGCGCACGUUGUCAAGCCAACCGACUUGCCGCUCGUUUUCGAGCAUGCGGUGAAGCACAAGUGGCUCGAUGAUCUCGUCUCUCUAACAAGCGGCUUUGGCCUGGAUCUCGCAGCCCUCGCACACGCCGAAGGAUAUCUGGAUCUCGUACAGCUGUCUCGCCAGCAAUCCGAUCGAGCGAAUGAAGUGGCUCGCUCGAUUCACCAGUUCCUGGCGAUCAAGACGAGUCUUGAGUCUCAGUAUCAGCGCCCACCGACAGAUGGACAACCUAUCGCCAAGACUACGACGCUGCAGGUCAAGACGGUAUCAGUUCUUCUGCAAACCCUGGAGGAGUUCAUGCCGAAAGCCCCGGUCCCCGAUCUGAUCCAUGUCCAGCGUUCAUGUAUCACGGUGUAUCCGAGGCUGAUCAAUUACGGUGAGGGCUUCGACGACAUCAUAGAUGCGAAUGGUCGGGAGGGGAAUGCCCUUCCUCCAGCUGCGAACAACAAGAUGGAGGAACAUUACAAGAAGAUGUACGGGGACGAGCUUCAAGUUCGGCAUAUUGUCGACAUCCUCCGCCGAUACAAGCACUCUCGCGAUCCACUCGACCAGGAUGUCUUCGCCUGCAUGAUACAUGGCUUAUUCGACGAAUACUCGCACUACGUGGAUUAUCCUCUCGAGGCGCUUGCGACAACAGCAGUGCUUUUUGGAGGCAUCAUUUUGCAUAAACUCAUUGCCGACUUGCCUCUCAAAGUAGGGCUCGGCAUGAUACUUGAAGCCGUCCGGGACCAUUCUCCAGAAGCCUCCAUGUACAAAUUCGGUCUGCAGGCACUCAUGCAACUGUUUUCUCGAUUCAAGGAAUGGCCUGGCUUCUGCAAGCAGCUGUUGCAAAUUCCCGGCUUGCAUGGGACGGAAGCCUGGAAGAGAGCCGAAGAUGUGGUUCGAGAGCACGAAGCAGAGCAUUCACAACCCCGUAACGGCGUUGACCCUUCCCCAAGAGGCCCGUCUCUCAGUCACGAACUUACCGCCAACGGGAACCCAGAGGAGUCCCGACUUGCUGAACGCCAAACCGCGCCCUUCUCGUCGAUCAGUGCAGACGAUCCAUUCCCGGGCGUUGAAUUCGAAGAACCACCGGAUGAGACCCGGGGAAAGAUCCAGUUCGUGCUGAACAACCUCACGGAGACGACGCUGCAGUCCAUGUGCAUCGAACUCCGGGAUAUGCUGGACGAACGCCAUCAGCAAUGGUUUGCAAGUCAUUUGGUCGCAGAACGCGCCAAGAUGCAGCCGAAUUACCACCAGGUUUACUUGGAAUUGGUCAAGUCCUUCGACGACAAGAUUCUCUGGUGGGAAGUACUCAGAGAAACGUACCUGAGCGUCGCUCGUAUGCUCGAUUCGGAGGCUACGGUUUCCAGUCCCACGGAACGUUCACAUCUCAAAAAUUUAGGCGGUUGGCUCGGUUUGCUCACCUUGGCAAGAGACAAGCCCAUCAAGCAUAAGAACAUUGCCUUCAAGGAGCUUCUCAUCGAGGCACACGACACAAAGAGACUGGUAGUCGUCCUCCCUUUUGUCUGCAAGGUUCUUAUACAGGGUGCACUCUCCACUGUCUUCCGGCCCCCGAAUCCCUGGCUCAUGGACAUCAUUCACCUUCUCAUUGAGCUGUAUCAUCAUGCCGAGCUCAAGCUCAAUCUCAAGUUCGAGAUCGAGGUCCUCUGCAAGGGUCUCAGCCUUGAUCAUAAGAGUAUCAAGCCCUCGGGUGAGAUCCUGAACCGGGUUGGGCUUGAAAGCCAGGUAGACACGUUGGCCCACGACAGUUUGGAGGCCUUCGAGCGGGUUUCUCUCAAUGGCAUGGGGGCCGGUGUCGGCACGGGUCUUUCGCCACAAGCCAUUGUUCCAUCGAUCCCUGACCUAGGCCCGAUGAUACAGAUUCCUCCGACCAAUGAGAUGGUUGUUUCUUCGACACGGCUACACGAUAUUGUGCGCAGUGCUCUCUCGCGGGCCCUUCAGGACAUCAUACAACCUGUGGUCGACCGGUCCGUCACCAUCGCUGCCAUCUCCACGCGCGAAAUGAUCCGCAAAGACUUUGCCACGGAGCCCGACGAGAACAGGAUUCGUACGUCCGCUAUCAACAUGGUGAAGGCGACCGCCGGAAGCUUGGCCCUUGUCACAUCCAAGGAACCCCUGCGGGGCAACUUCACCAACUACAUGCGCAAUCUUUCCAACGAUCUGCCACAGGGGCUGCCCGAGGGAACAAUCAUCAUGUGUGUCAAUUCCAAUCUGGAUCUCGCUUGCAGCAUCAUCGAAAAGCAGGCCGAGGAACGGGCUGUCCCGGAAAUCGAAGAUAUGAUCGAGCCGGAACUGGAGGCCCGGCGCCGCCAUCGGGCUCAGAGACCGAACGAGCCUUAUGUGGAUCCUGCCCUCAGCCGAUGGGCGUGGACAAUACCCAACCCGUUCAAGCUGUCACCGAGCCUCAGUGGACUCAAUUCCGAGCAGAUGGCGAUCUACGAAGACUUCGCCCGUCAACCCCGUACCAGCACGACUAUCACAGCAGCCCAUGCGCCUUCGGCUUCGGACACAACUCGGUCCAUUGCCAAUGAGGUCCUGUCCGAACAGUUUAGCUCGUUGCCUAAUAUCCCCACGCCAGCGGAAACGCCCGUUGUCCAACCGCCGAGUUCGCACUUGCAGGCUUACACCUCUCUCCACGCUCCCGCCGUGGCCAACGGCAGACCGCCUGCGUUCCAGGUGGAUGGCCGAGCGUUGUUCGAGCGAGUCCAGAAGCUUCUUAUCGAGCUGCAGCGGGUGGCGACCGAGUCUCGCGAGGAACACUUCGCCGACCUUCCAAGGCCUCAUCCCUUGUUAGAUGUCGUGGAUGCCUUGGUCCAACACAUGAUCAAGACGUCUCAGACGUCCGAGGAGUUCGCCAUAUACGCCGCGGAGCAGAUCAUUCAGCUCAUUUUCAGCCAAGUGGAUGACAACCUGGCUCUUGAAUGCCUGGUUCACGUGCUGGAGACGCUAAGAAAGAUAUCCGGUCCCGCGCUCAACAACCGGGUUGCGUCGCUGUUUUUGCAGCAGCCGGGCACUAGCUUCCUUCGCUUGCCGCUUCUCGCGGCUCUGCUCAAGACAGACUUGCUGGACUGGGUGAACAUUGACAUGGCCAUGGCCAAGACAUUGCAGCAGCGAAAGGAGGGCUCCUUGGAGUUCCUGGAGCAGAUGCUGGACCUAGCUCUGCUUGGCAGCCGCCCGUCGGCAUUGUACGGCGAUUUCGUCCGGAGUCUUGACGCGGCAUGGGCGUGGAUUCGCGAUGAUCCGACGUCGACCGUUGGGCAGCGGCUGAAGGCUAAACUUUCGGACCAGGGGAUUGUUCGACCGGGGGCCGUGGACGGCGCCACUACACACCAGCAAGACCAGAUGGAGUACGUGUUCGAUGAAUGGAUGCAUCUGUGCAACAACCCCAAUGCUCCCGCAGACUUUGCGCCGCUUUUUAUCGUGCAGAUCAAGGCAGCCGGGGUUUUGCGAAGCAAAGACGAUCUAUUCCUCUUCAUCAGAGUCGCGCUCGAUAUGUCGGUCGACAGGUUCGAGCAUGUCGCGCACACAGCCGGGACUGUGACGGAUGCCUUCCUCGCGACCGACGCGCUCGCCAAGUUCAUCACUGUUCUCAUCAAGUUGCAUGAAGAGAACGGCACCAAUCCGACCAGUACCCCGAUCUUCCUUGACUCGAUUCUAGCGCUUCUGGUUCUUACUCUAUCCCAUCACCACCUGCACCGCGCCGAGCAUUUCAAUCAGAGGGUCUUCCAUCGCCUGCUGUCGGUGCUACUGCAUGAGGUCGAUGCGCUCCCUGAACUUAUUCCAGAGAAUGAUCAUUUUGAUAUGCUCCUGAGAUUCGCAUCAAGGCUAGCGGACAUUGGACCCCUACACUUGCCUGGUUUCGUUUACGGCUGGCUAUCCCUCAUCCAGCACCGGGCUUUCCUUCCUAAUCUGAUGAAGCAGCGCGCGGGGUGGGCUGCUUACAACAAACUCCUCGUCAUUCUCCUCGAGUUCGUGGGUGAGCAAUUGAAAUCUCCCGAGCCCACCAGCGUGGCUCGUGACGCGUAUCGGGCUACGCUCAAGCUCCUGGUGGUUCUGCAACAUGACUUUUCCGAGUACAUCGCGGCGUAUUCCCAUCAGUUGUCGAUGUGCCUGCCGCCGCACUGCAAACAGCUCAUUAAUGCGAUCUUGGCCGCCAACCCGGCAGCCAACCCCAAGAUGCCGGACCCCCUGUAUCCCGGUCUUCAGGCAGAUCGACUUGCAGAAGCGCGGGAGGCGCCGGUCGCCGUGGAGAACAUCCUGUCUGUGCUCGCAGACUUCGGCAUCCAGCAUGCCGUGGACCAGGCGCUACAAACGGGCCCUUCGGAAGACAGCCUGGCGCAUAUUUCUCGAGCGAUGAUGUCGGACGAUGGCCGUGUGACCGGGUUCGGUCUGGUCCCGAUCAGGGCCAAUCUUCCUGUCAUUGAAGCAGUGGUUCUCUGUAUCGGCAAGUACGCCGUGGAGCAGGCUGGACAGGGCGGCGACAUGUUCAAUCCCCGAUCUCCGGACGUCAUCACGAUUUCUCUUCUGGUCCAUGAACUUGCGCCCGAGCCUCGAUAUUAUUUGAUUGUGAGCAUGGUCAAUCAGCUGCGGUUCCCCAACGCCCACACGACGUACUUUAGCAGAGUUCUCCUUGAGAUCUUUGGGCGUGACAUGAACGAUCCGGAGGAAACAGAGAUUCGGCAGCAAAUCACGCGGGUGCUGUGGGAGAGGCUGAUCGGAUACUGGCCCCAGCCAUGGGGUCUGAUGAUCACCGUCUUGGAACUGCUCAAGAAUGAGAAGUACAUGUUCUUCGACCUUCCCUUUGUGAAGGCUGCACCAGAGGUUCGUUACCCUUUCUCCUCUGUCACUGCUGGCGACUUGUGCUAA